UAGAGUAAACAAUGAUUGGCAGCACUUUUGUGAGAAAUAACGGAGCGUAGUAUUUCCUGAUGCGCUUCUGCGAAAAUUGUGGAAAUUUUUUAAAAACUUGUGAUUUUAAAGCUAAAGUAUUUUGCGUUUGUACACGACAACAAAGUGAAGCAAAAUGGAUGAAGUUAUGGCUUUUUUCGAUUUCUCGAAAGAGUUUAAGCGCGAGUCUGUUCCAAGGGGUUGUGUUUCUGGGAGCCUUACUGCGACUGCGGGGAAAAUUGAUAGUGGCAAACCCAUUAAACGUGAAUAUUUUGGAGACCAAUAUUCCAAAAAGAUUGCUGAAAAAGAACGGAGGCGAAUGUUAGAGGAAAAUGACGAUCCGAUGGAAGAUGCUCAUUCAUCACGACACGGUGCCACUUCGUCGACCUGUAUGGAUGAAUUAGAGGACUUGAGUGAAGAAGAGGAAAUUCAACCCAAAGUACAUAGAAUUGAAGAUAACGUAUACACUAAAUAUAACUUUGAUUUGAAACGCGAUGAAUCUCUACCUAUACACGAUAAUAAAGAUCAAAUCUUGGAGUCCAUACGUAAACAUCCAGUUGUAGUGCUUGAAGGUGACACUGGCUGUGGUAAAACUACCCAGGUACCUCAAUAUAUACUGGACGAGGCCUACGAGAAUAGGGAAUAUUGUAAAAUUGUUUGCACACAACCACGUCGUAUUGCGGCUAUAUCUAUUUCUAAGCGUGUCUGCCAAGAAAGAAAAUGGGAAGUUGGUUCAGUGGUUGGCUUUCAGGUUGGUUUACAUGCAAAAACAUGCGAAGAUACACGCUUACUUUACUGCACAACUGGUGUGCUGCUACAAAAAUUAAUCAAAGAAAAAUCGCUUAAGCAAUUCACGCAUAUUAUUCUUGACGAAGUGCACGAACGUGAUCAGGAAAUGGAUUUUCUACUUAUAGUCAUAAGAAAACUACUAACUACAAAUUCUCGUGACGUAAGAGUCAUACUUAUGUCUGCUACCAUUAAUGCAGGAGAGUUUUCCGAAUAUUUUACAAUACGUCGGAAUCCAGCGCCAGUUUUGCGCGUUGACUCGCGUCGUCUCUUCCAAGUGCGCGAAUUCUAUUUGUCCGAUCUAGGUCGCAUUAAUACUACAAACAUCGAUGUGGAUAUUUCUGACCCCGGCAUCUCAAAAGAAAUGUAUAAUAUUGCGUUGAAAUUGAUUAUUGUUAUAGAUAACAUCGAGAAACAGGAAGCUGCUGUUUCAGCCGAAAUAAGCCCACUGCCCCAAACAUCUAUACUUAUUUUUUUGCCUGGUAUUAACGAAAUCGAUCAAAUGUGCAGCAAAUUGGAGUUACUUAGCGAAUCUGAUGAAAACAAUGUAAAACUAUUUCCCAUACGUUUGCAUUCGUUGAUUUCACCAGAUGAACAAAAUAAAGUAUUUAACAACCCACCAGGCGGUUUUCGUAAGGUUAUAUUGGCUACAAAUAUUGCAGAAAGUUCCAUAACUGUGCCCGAUGUUAAAUAUGUCAUUGAUUUUUGUUUAACUAAAUCUCUUAUCACCGAUACCGCAACCAACUUCUCUUCUCUGCAAUUGCACUGGGCAUCACGCGCUAAUUGCCGUCAACGUGCUGGACGUGCGGGUCGUGUGAUGAAUGGCCGUGUAUAUCGAAUGGUCUCGAAGAAUUUUUACGAACACUAUAUGGAAGAAUUUGGCACCGCAGAAAUGUUGCGUUGUCCGUUGGAAAACGCUGUACUCAAAGCCAAACUACUUGAUAUGGGACCACCUCCUGAUAUACUCGGUCUGGCCAUGACACCACCAAAUCUUUCCGAUAUACACAAUACUAUAUUAACACUUAAAGAGGUGGGCGCUCUUUUUACGACAGUGAAUGGUGUUUACUCCAUACAAGAUGGUGAUUUGAGUUUUAUGGGACGCGUGAUGGCAGGCAUGCCGCUCGAUAUACGUCUUACGCGGCUCAUAUUGCUAGGCCAUAUAUUCAGUGCAUUGGAAGAGUCCAUAAUAAUGGCUGCCGGCUUAAGCGUGCGUUCGAUUUUAAAGUCUGGACACGAUAAUCGUGGUCAGGGCGAAGCGGAUGCAUAUAAACAAAAACUAAUAUGGGCUGACGGCUCUGGUUCGGAUCUAUUUGCUAUCUACAGUGCUUAUAGGCUUUGGGCUACACAGCGUGAACAACAUAACAUCCACCAUGAAGAAAACGAGUAUGAAUGGGCCAAGCGUCACUUCGUUAAUUUGCGUUCAAUGAAGGAAAUGCAUUUGCUUGUCACAGAAUUACGUGAUCGUCUACAGGCUUACGGCAUCCGUGAACAGACUACAUAUCAGCGUGUUUGUUGGGUUGAACGCGAAAAGACGAUUAUUUUGAAAAUCAUUAUUGCUGGCGCAUUUUAUCCUAAUUACUUCACACGUUCCAACUUAAAUGAUACUGAACGUGAACGUGGUAUUUACCACACUCUAUGUGGCAAUGAUCCCUGCAAUACGGUAUACUUUACUGGCUUUAAUACACGCCACAUUGGGCAGCUCUAUGCGAGUUCAAUUAAAGCCCUGUUUCGUAGUGUGUGGAUAGAUCCUAAAAAUAUCGAGGUGCGUUUUCAAACAGGCGCAGAACGGGUGUUUGUCACAUUCAAAAAAGAUCUCGAAAAUGAUGCGGAAGAUAGCGCCUAUAGACUAGUUGUGCCAGGGCGUGUAGUACCCGAGGUAUAUAUGGCCGUGCGCAUGCGUAUGCUCGGCAUGCGUACCACUAUACGUGUUAUGGACCCUCGCAAUGAAGUUAGAUAUGCAGAAGAGCGGCGUAUUGGCACGAUGGUUGAGGGUGUUUGGCAGCCUACUAAAAAGCAAAUAAAAAAUCCCGAAUUGGUGGUAUUGCCGUCAGUGUUCCAAAAAAUGAUACGCGGUUAUAUUACACAUAUUGUGAACUGCAGCAAAUUCUAUUUUCAACCACUCUCUGAAAUGGAACGUUUACGUGAAAUUCAUGCACUACUGAAUAAUCCUGAAGACUUAGAGCGUGGUCGUUUUAAGAGUCCUGCAGCUAUAUCUAAAGGCAUGAUGGUGGCGGCACCUUUUGAAAAUAAAUACCAUCGCGCAAAAGUGGUAAAAGUGUUGACUGCAGCUCGCCAGUAUUGCCAGUUUAAGGUGUUCUUCGUCGAUUACGGCAACACGGAUGUAAUAGAUUUCGAACAACUGCGCCGCUUCUCCUAUCGCUGUGAGUCGCUCAUUGACAUACCGCCACGUAUGUUUGAGAGCCGCCUAGUCAUGGUGGAGCCGUCAUCGGUAAAAUCACCCAGCGGUAAAUGGCCCGAUGAAGCUAUGGAAUUCAUGCAACAGACAGCCGAUGCUGGUGUUGUAGAAAUUGAAAUCUACUCAGUGGUUGCUGGCGUUUCGAAUGUCAUUAUAAAAACUGCUACAGGCACGCUUAAUGAUAUACUGGUUGAGAAAGGCUUUGCACAAAAAUCAGAUGAGAAUUAUAUGUCCAAGGCCGAUCAUGAUUUUCGCUUGCGAAAGCAAUCUGUUGCUACACGUUUUCUUGACGAAGACCAUUCCAAACAAAAUGAAGAAUAUUUGCGUUCAAUACAACCAGAGGCUGAUUUGGAAGUCGAUCCACCACCGCGCGAAUAUUGCACGAAAUCCAUUAAUUUGCGUGGUCCUUAUAGUGCGUUGGAAACGAAGAUUUUUUCGGCUGUGCGUAUAGGUACCUGGAAGAGUGUGAAUGUCGAACGUGAUUCGGUGAAUUCGGUAUUGAUCGAUACAGAUCCACAAGAUGUCCAUGAGCGUCUCAUAGUGGCGGCUAGUAUAACGGAGGCACAGAAUGCAGAAACACUUACAGCACGCGCCACAACACUGAUGCCAAAUAUACACGGUUUUGGUGCACUAAUGACACUGCUCUUCAGUCCGACUAUGCAGAUAAAACGAAAUAGUAAUAAGACAAAAUAUGUUGCCAUUUUGGCGGGUUUGGGUUACAACAAAGAAACCUAUAAGCCACUCUAUGAGGAGCAUGAUAUUGUUUUGAAUUUGGAUGCUGACAUAUUGAAGGAUGAUUUGGAGUUGAUCAAUCAAUUACGUUACUGCAUGGACACAAUUUUGUACACCGAUCCAGGUGAAGAGCGUCCAACCAUUUUACCAAGUAACCGCGCUUAUCUAGCAGCUAAAAUUAAGAACUUAAUUGUCAGACUGCUAAACAAAAAUCGCAAAUACAUUGAGACUCAUGUAGAUAGUUAUGAUAAUGUCUGGCAACGUUACGAUCCGGAAGAUGUGAUUGAAUCCGAACCUAUUUAUGGACAUCGCUCCCUGUUCCCCGUGCAUUCUGCACUUAAGUUGUAUGAUGAGAAAUUCGAUCGCAUACAUGCAUUGGGUGUACACUGCCAGGAGCUGCAUCGAUUACGUCAAUUUGAUGGUGCCAUACAACCGCUCACUUGUCAGCUAUGCAAUCAAUCUUUGGAAAAUAUUGUGCAACUGCGUAUACAUUUGCUUUCACAGUUACAUCGUGAUCGCGAGCAUCAGAUACGUUUCAAGAUGCCGCGUUAAGUUGCAUGGCUGUGAAUUAUUUUUACUGAUAAAACGAAAAGCAUUCGUUUAUAAAACUUCAAAUGGAUAUAUAAUUAGUCUUAAGUUUUUUUCUAUUAUUGACGAUUUCGGUUUAUAACUGUUUAUUAACCGGAUUAAAAAAAAA